GAGGAACUCGUGUAGGAACUGAAGCCCACUUUUAUCAAAAUAAUAUUGUUUACCUAUAUGUGUAUAGGUUAUUUGGUAAGCAAUGAUGGUAGUGAAUAAUUACUCUUUUCUAUUAAUUGACGACGAUGGAAGCAAGCACCUUGAAGCCAUUGCCUAGAAGAGGGAACAUUUAAAAUUUCUUAUGUUCUUUUUGUUUUUUCCUAACUUAACUCGCCUUUCCGCUCUUAUGUAUUUGAAAAAGGGUAUACUAUACCAUAUAUGCACUAAUGUGUGGAUUUGAAAAAUAUUUAUUUCAAAUUUUUUGUCUGAGCUUUCACAAACAAGCAUACAUUGCAUAAAACACUAUUUACCUUUUCCAGUUAUAUCCAGUACAUUGUUAUAGUUAUAUCCAAGGGUUAUCAGCGCAUCUUACACUUUUCAAUUAAUUAAUAACGAUGUGAGGAAGCACCUUGAAGGCAUUGCCAAAAAGAGAAGCAUUUAAAAUGACUUACAUUCCUUUUUGGUGUUUCUUAGCUUACCCCCCUGGCGUUCCCCUCUUGAAUUUGUAAAUUGAAGACUGGGGGCUAGAAGUCCAAGGGUUGUUAUUAAGGCCACAAGGGCAAUAUUCUUUUUGAUGUGAAUGCCAUUCUUGCAUGCGCACUUAGGAUGUAUUUAACUCAUAGGUCCUAAUUCACUAAUUAAGCAUUCUUGGGUGGAUGUCUAGUACAUUCCUUCACAACUUUAUUUUCCGAACUCAUUUCUCUAUGGUAUGUUUUUUACUAAUUUUGUAGUGUUCUAACCCUGUGCAAAUAAAUAGAUUUGUAUUGACUCUAUUGGUUGAUUUUUAUUACUGGAGUUCCUCUGCAGCCAGACAACUCACGUUGUGACACUGUUUUGCUACGUUUGCUACUUUUCCUACUUUUUAACUCAAAAAUAUUUGAUUAACUUUCACGUUUGCUUUGUUUAUUCUUAUAUAAAGAGUCUUAAUUUUUCAUUCAUGGCAUGCACACUUAUGGACUUGUUUGUUACUGGUUUUUUAAAUUGUAAUAUUGUGUUUUAUAUUGUUAACUCAUUGAAGUAUUUUAUUUAAUGUGAUUCUUUUUUUUUUCUUUUCUUUUAUUUGAUGACAAUUGGGAUUUGUGAUAUUGUUAAAUAUUUUUUAAAAAUUGGUUAUUCCAUUUUUUUUAUCGAAAAUACGAAGUGCAUGUAUGUGGCACCUGGGUCAUCUCUACUCCUCUUGAUGUAAUAUGGCUUGUGUUGUGAUGCAUUAGGUUGCAAGGCACUUCAACAGCACGAUGGCUGAUGCCCACGACACUGACAAGAAUAUUGAGAUAUGGAAGAUUAAGAAGCUGAUUAAGGCCCUUGAAGCUGCUCGAGGUAAUGGGACCAGCAUGAUCUCUCUGAUUGUACCUCCUCGGGACCAGAUCUCUCGGAUUACUAAGAUGCUUGGUGAUGAAUUUGGAACUGCUUCAAACAUUAAAAGCAGGGUCAAUCGUCAGUCUGUUUUGGGGGCAAUCACAUCGGCUCAGCAAAGACUGAAGCUUUAUAACAAGGUUCCUCCAAAUGGUCUUGUCCUUUAUACAGGAACUGUUGUAAAUGAGAUGGGAAGGAAAGAGGUAACAAUUGACUUUGAGCCUUUCAGGCCAAUUAAUGCAUCUCUUUACCUAUGCGACAACAAGUUCCACACAGAAGCACUGAAUGAGCUUUUGGAAUCUGAUGACAAGUUCGGCUUUAUUAUGGGUGCUGUUGAGACACUUAUCGUGUGGGAAAAUCUAGAUAUAACUAGAUAUGUACUGAAAAAUAGCAUCACUGAAGAGAUUGUGAUAAAGUACCUGAACAAGGAGCAGGAGGCUAAUCAGGAAAACUUUAAGGAUUCGGCAAACUCAGCACAAUUGGAGGUUCAGGAAAAUAUGUCCCUGUUAGAGUGGUUGGCCAAUGAAUAUAGGCGGUUUGGAUGCACGCUUGAGUUUGUCACCAACAAAUCGCAGGAGGGUUCCCAGUUCUGCAGGGGUUUUGGUGGGAUUGGGGGCAUCCUGCGGUAUCAGCUUGACAUGAGGACAUUUGAUGAACUUUCAGAUGGAGAAUUUGAUGAAGAUUCUGAAUAG